AUUUGUAACUUUGUCAAAAUCUCCAUCAUAAUCUCUAUCCUCAUCACCAUCUUCAUUAACAUUUCCAUCAACAUCAACCUCUUACUUGUCGUCUAUAUCAACAUCAACAUCAUUAUUAACAUCAACAUCGAAAAAAUUAGCUUUUGCGUCAGCAUCAUCAUCUAUACCUACAUCUACCUCGAGCGGCUGGCCUACACCAACAGCAACAACAACAGCAACAACAACAACAACAGCAAAAUCAAUUUUCUUUUUGCCCGUGUCAAACUUUCCACUCUUCUUGCCUCUUCGGCCUGUCGGUACCUCUUCCCUCUUGGAUCGCAAACAUGACCUUGACCUUGAGGCGAUCUUGUGA